UGCCCAUGGGGCUUUAAAACCACAGCCACUGAGCCUCCAGCUGCUACAGAGCCCAGGACCCUAGGUGCCCAGGACAUGAUGGUCACGGUGAGCUACGAUUACGAUUACAACUCUACCUUUCUCCCCGACGGUUUCGUGGACAACUACGUGGAGAGGCUGUCCUUUGGGGACCUCGUCGCUGUGGUCAUCAUGGUGGUGGUGUUCCUGGUGGGCGUGCCGGGCAACGCUCUGGUGGUCUGGGUGACGGCGUGCGAGGCCCGGCGCCACAUCAACGCCAUCUGGUUUCUCAACCUGGCGGCGGCCGACCUCCUGUCUUGCCUGGCACUGCCCAUCCUGCUUGUGUCCACCGUUCACCUCAACCACUGGUACUUCGGCGACACUGCCUGCAAAGUGCUGCCCUCGCUCAUCCUGCUCAACAUGUACACCAGCAUCCUGCUGCUGGCCACCAUCAGCGCUGACCGCCUGGCGCUGGUGCUCAGCCCCAUCUGGUGCCAGCGCUUCCGGGGUGGCUGCCUGGCCUGGACAGCCUGUGGGGUGGCCUGGGUCCUGGCACUGCUGCUGUCCAGCCCAUCCUUCCUGUACCGCAGAACACAUAACGAGCACUUCUCCUUCAAGGUGUACUGCGUCACUGACUAUGGCCGGGACAUCUCCAAGGAGAGGGCCGUGGCCCUGGUGCGGCUGGUCGUGGGCUUCAUUGUGCCGCUGAUCACGCUCACUGCGUGCUACACCUUCCUGCUGCUUCGGACCUGGAGCCGCAAGGCCACGCGCUCAGCCAAGACCGUCAAGGUCGUGGUGGCCGUGGUGAGCAGCUUCUUUGUCUUCUGGCUGCCCUACCAGGUGACGGGCAUCCUGCUGGCCUGGCACUCUCCGAACUCGGCCACCUACAGGAACACCAAGGCCCUGGAUGCCGUGUGUGUUGCCUUCGCCUACAUCAACUGCUGCAUCAACCCCAUCAUCUAUGUGGUCGCCGGCCACGGCUUCCAGGGCCGGCUGCUCAAGUCCCUGCCCAGCGUCCUGCGCAACGUGCUGACCGAGGAGUCGCUGAAGAGACACCAGUCUUUCACGCGCUCCACGGUGGACACCAUGCCCCAGAAGAGUGAAUCAGUGUGAGAGGAGGCCUCCCGGGCCAUUGUGCCCUGGACAGUCCCCCUUCCUUGUGGGUCUGUUUCUGGAGAAAGGGUUGUGCUGUGUAGCCUAGGCCUCCUUCCAACUCAUGGAGUGAUCCUCCUGCCUCAGCCUCCCGAGUGCUGGGAUUACAGGUGUACACCACCACACCAG